GACAUGUAGCAAGGUGCACUGAGUGCUUUUUGAGUCGCGCACUUUUAUCCCGUCAUUUUGCAUUCCGUGCCUCGAACCAUAUGCAAAUUUUGACCGCGGAAUAAAAUAGAGCGUCAAUGUUUAGAAAAUCCACAGUUCCGUCCUCUAGAAUCCCAUUUUAACGUCCCGUUCGGCAGCUGGUAAAGCCAGAGGUACCACCUACCGGGCACGUAGAAGAGUUACUCGCAUAAAUUUCACGCGCGGAGCCCUGUGCUUUACAUAAACGUACAUAGCAGAGACAGCGCUGAGUUGGAACUGAGCGAAGAAUUAGCUGAAUGAAGGCGCAGAUCUGCAACAUGGUUCAACAGUGUGCUGGGUGCGAGCAACCCAUCUCGGAUAAAUUCCUACUCAAGGUUUUGGAUCGCGUCUGGCACGUCAAAUGCGUCCAGUGUCAUGACUGCAAAAGCGCACUGACAAACAAGUGUUUCUCGCGAGAAGGAAAGCUGUUUUGUAAGAACGACUUUUACAGGUAAGCGGCUCGCAAUCGGCAGCAAAUCGUUAAACCGCCUACUUAUCUUCAGCCCUGUCAAACUCUGCCCGGGCCAAUUUAAUUUGAUAACUAGGAAUUGCACUUGUUCUAAACGUGCGUUUUCGUGUUGAAAAUUUCAGGCGGUACGGGACCAAAUGCGCUGGUUGCUGUCUGGGGAUCUCGCCAAACGAUAUGGUUCGGAGAGCCAAACACCUAGUGUUUCACGUUAAAUGUUUCAAUUGCGCCACCUGUAACAGGCAAAUCUUGACCGGCGAUGAACUUUAUUACGUGGGAGAGAGUAAAUUCGUGUGCAAGGAGGACUACUAUAACUCGCGCUUACCACAAUCUAAGCAGUCCGGUAAGUGAGUAGAAAUGGCAUUGGUUUGUUUAUUAAUACACAAACGGUUAUUUAAUGUUAAUGGGUCUAAUUUUUGUGUGUAUGUGCGUUUGUUACAUUGUUUCACAGACUCAGACUCUGAGGAAAAAGAUCUUAGCUAUGGGUUGGACGAGGAUUUAGACAUCGCGCUGGGGACGAAACGUCGCGGACCACGCACAACUAUAAAAGCUAAACAACUCGAGGCCCUCAAAGCAACCUUUGCAGCAACACCAAAACCGUCAAGGAAUAUUCGCGAAAAAUUAGCUCAGGAGACAGGUCUGAACAUGCGAGUCAUUCAAGUUUGGUUCCAGAAUCGAAGAUCGAAAGAGAGACGACUCAAGCAACAAGGAGUUGCACAUCCCAACGCCGCGACCCGUGCGAUCAGAUCAGGGAGAAGGUCGCGAAGAGCGAGAGGCGAAAACCUAGGAAACGACUCAUCCACCAACGCUGAUCAGUCAAUCAACACCUCACAUAUAAAUUACGCAGGUAGGCUGUAAAUACUGCUGCGAGUAAACGUGUAUUUACUCUCGUUCCUCGUUUAGCAUUUCUCCAGCUCCCUUUUCUCUGUCCCAACCCUUUCAUUUCGCGCGGCCAUGGGAAUCGUGUUCGUUAUGCGUGUGUCAAGGGGAAUAUAUCAGUCAAAUUUAAAUGGAAGGUACUCGAGUUCCUGUUUGAGAAGCACUCGAGAACUCUUCACUUUGAUAGCCCUUAUGGUGGUCCUGAUAUUUUCCCCUCUUGCCCCAAGCUACCAAAGCUUGCUCAGUUGCCCAUAGAGAUGGACAAACUUACAAAGAACGUUUCAGUGUUCUCAGUGUUUGCCUUCUCCGCGCGCACACUUGAGGCACACUGAAAGCCUCCUAACCGCAAAACACACAAUGUUCAAGUGCAUGUCACAAACGACUUUAAAAAAAACCCUGGCAAGUUACCAGAAGAUACUUUAAAUUUCGAAUUUGAAUAAUGCGAAAGUGGCGUUUCAGCCUCCUAUUGUUUUAUAAAGAUAUUAUUCAGCCAUUUUGGUUGUCUUAAAAUUUUUAGUAAAUUUAUGGGAACCAACAGCUGGAGAAACAGUUUUCGUGCGUACGGUUUCAAACUUUACAAAAAAGUUUAUAAGCUAAAAAUAGACGUUACAAGAGAACAUGCAAUCUCUUAAGACAUUUAAUAUGGGUUGGCAGGAAAUGGCAAAAUGGAAAUGCUGUUUAUCGCGAGUUUGGUUUAACGAUAAGGGAUUCAGCGGCAAAAAAUUCGUUGGAGGUUACUUCCUUGAGAUAUUUAACGUCUCAAGUGACUUAUGGCUGAAAGCUCUCGUAGAAUUUGCUAUUGUAUUGCAGGCGGAAAUGGUCUCUUUGGGUGUCGUGAUUUCUUCCAAGUGAUAUAGUGUGUUUCUUCAGCUGAAAGCGAACUACCCACUGAUUCAAAAUAGAUCUUCAACCUUUAAUAAUUCACACAGUUUGUCGUUUAGCCUUUGUAAGUCAAGUCCUGCAAAGCAAACAAGUUUCCCCGGGGUUUCAAGGCAAAAGGGACCACUAAGAAAUCAUUUUAAUCAGAUUUUCCGUGCAAAGGGGCUUUUAUUUAUUUUAAUGUAAAAUUCUUUGCUUGGAGAUUUGUCACCACUGAUAGACCAUUUCAUAAUUCGACUAAAAAACAAAACCAUUAGACAAGAAAAGCUUUAAUCUCGAUUUAAAACGAAUACAGUUCAAAUAUAACAACCUAAGAUUUGUUCAACUGCUAAAUUUUAGUACAGAACAUUAACAUGCUUCAGAUAUCCUCAGUUGUCGCCUAGAGAUGCAAAGGGGAAGGAAAGCUAAACUGAUUUGAAGGUUUUCAAAUAAAAGUAUAUACAUCUGACAGCGUUUUAAAGUCACGGUACAUUCAAGGAAAAUGACAGUUUCGCGGUGCCUAGUUUUAAUGUUAUGGGAUCACCUUGAACUUUCAAUAUUUCUGGCUGACAGAAAGAGUACUUAAACGAAAACGUGUAUCCAAUACAACAAGGUCACAAACCUAAAAAAAAUAAAUAAGUUUUGAAAGCUCGAAAUACAUUAAGUCGACUUGAUAUUGCGCAUCAUUUCUGGGAAAAAAAAACUGAUUGAUCUUUCUCGACAACCUUGUUUUUCGCACAGACAUAUUCGAUAUUGCUUUAGGUCGGUGAAAAUUCUGUCUUUACUCUAAGGUCAAAUCAUCACUCUUUGGCUUGCUUUAGUAAAGUGCUGUCUGUCCAAGCCACAAUAGAACUGUUUAUAAAUAAAAUUUAAGAAACCCUCAAACGUAGUCCCGCGAUCUCGUUUUCGUUUAGAUAUAAACCACUGAAAACAGGAUGGUUAGAGCUUGGAUAUACCCACAUAUAUCCAUCAAGAUGUUUGUUUCUUACAUCUCACUGUGUUGUUUAUUAACAUUUUUCCCCAAAUAGCCUCGCAAAAUGUUCAGUUUCCACACGCCACUUUCGAUGCCUUUUACAUGAAGCAUGAUGCUGGUUUACCGAGCGAAGUACCGACAUCAAUGGAUAAUUCUCAAAUGAUUCAAAAUACGGGAUUUAAUAGCCAGGGAUUAAUGCCGCCCAAUGCAAUGAACGAUGGAAGCGCCGGAAUACAGAUAACCAAUUGCAUCGUUGGGCAAAACUCGAACGGUGGUAUUUACGAAACGGUAGCAGGAAGAUCCCACAACACGAUACCUCCUUCUGCUGAGGUCUGGUGAAGAAUAGGCAUCAUUUUUGAAAUUUGUAACGCUGUAACUAUUAUCUAAACAGAUUAUAGAAAAAUGGAGAAUUAUUUAAUGGACAGAAACAAAGUCCGCGAGCAUAUGAUUUGCGCCAAGAAAAAAAGGAUAAAAGACUGUUGAAUGAUUGUAAGCCCGCCGCCCCUAAAAUGAUAAGAACAAAACCCACACAAAGAAUACUCGAUUAUCUCGUUUAGCGGCACACCAAAUCUGGCAGAGCUUAGAAUGAAGAAAAGAAAACGUAGUUAUCUUUUGAUCAAUGAAGUGCCGCUCGCAUCCUCGCAUGGCCAUUAAAAAGAUCUAGUAAAUAAAGCUGGCUACUGCCUAAGGGCAUGCAUUAAGUGGCACGUUUUUGCGGAACUUGUGUAAAGAAAAGAUCGAAGUAUUAAAUGAGACUUUAUGACAACUUUUACAGACAAGACAUCUUCUAAUAUAAAGCGUUUUAAGAGGAAUAUGUAAUUUAUAUAUUAGUUCGCUCGGCGAACAUCUGUAUAUGAAUUUGUAAAUGUUUAAAAGGACUCUUUUAUAGCGUUCUUGUGUGACGUGAGAAGUUUUCUCGGCGCUGAAAACGCCCAACUCAAAAAAUCUUGACAAUCGCCUUUGGUUGGUAAAGAUAUUACUAUAGAAAUGUAGUCACUUUUGUGACUGUUGUAGUGAAAAGAAAUCAUAUUUACCAACCCUGAGCUCAAGAGUUAUGAUUUUACUUCAAGUGGAAUAAAAUAUUAUAAAGUCUU